AAGCACCUUCGGGUUUCGCAGUACUGGAUGUACUGUCUGUUGUCUGUUGACUUCAGACUUCAGUUCUGUGUAAUAAUCUCCAGCAAGCAUCACAUAUUUAUACACAAUCAUACAUUUAAAUCUAUUAUUGACUGUUUUAAAGUUACAGCUGUCUGUACAUUUUAUUUUUACAUUAUACAUACACACACAUUUUAUUAAUUGUAUUAUUUAAAAUAUUCACCAUAUACUACAUAUAUAUUUAGAUAUACCUAUAUAUAUCUACAAGUUAACAAUAUGUCUGAUAGUCCUGUUGUCAAUCAAAUCCAACAUUAUCAAAGAAGUAUCGAAAAAUACCCUGAUGAUGAGCAGAGGCUUCUGAGAUGCAUAAGAAAGUUACACGAAUUACCAGUAACAGUGCAGCAUCUCCAGGAAACGGGAGUAGGAAGGACAAUUAACGCGCUCCGGAAGUACGAUAAAAGUGUUGGAGAUGCUUCCAAGGCCUUGGUUGCUAAAUGGAAGAAUAUGGUUGUCGAUGAGGACAGCAGUGAAGGUGAUUAUGAGGACGAUAAUUGCGCUCCAGAUGUUUCUGGGGGUUACAGUGAUAACUCCGAUUCGGGAGUUGACAAGGAUGCAAAUCUUACCCUUAAUUCAUCCAGCCAUAAAUUAAGUGAGUCACGUGAGCGUUAUAAUAAUAAUUCUCAAGAUGAAUCAAGAUCUUCCAAAAAUCCGUCAAACAAUUCUUCAGAACUAUCACGAUCUAAAUCAACCAGCAGGUCAAAUGGCAACAGCGAUGAUAAUAGACACCACUCAAAAUCUUCGUCAUUGUCAUUAAAUCAUCAAAAUAAAUCAGAAGACUCAAACACGCGACAGGAGUCGCGUGAAAAAAAAUCAAAGAGCUCGCGGGAGUCUGGUGGUAAAAGUGAUAGGCAUAAAGAUAGUUCUAAGAAAGACGAGAAUGUAAAUUAUAGUAGUAAUAGUAGUAGCAGUAGUAAGACUAAAAAAGAUAAGGAGUCAAAAGUUUCCUCUAACGAGUAUGCCAAGCACAAUGGCAGCAGCAGUGAUCGCAAACGUAAGCGCGAUGGACUGGCGAACGACAAGCACGAGCAUAAACGCCGAAGGAGUGGAGAAGUGCCGGAUGAGUCAGAAGAAGACGGGAAAAGUGUUGAUGAUACCAAUGAAAUUAAAAAUGAUAUGUCUGAUAGUGAGUGUGAUAAGAUUAAAAUUAAGUCAGAAUCACCUGAACCGCGACAAAGUUCGAGCAAAGAUGUUACGGUGAAGAAAAAAAGUUCGAAGGACAAGACUGCUGACUGUGUUGAUAAAGUUAAAGAUGAGAAACAUAAACAUUCUAGUUCAAGCAGUAAACACAAAGUCAAAAGUGAUAGCAAGUCUUCCGAAAGUCGUAAACACGAACAAAAAAAAGAUGAGUCUAGCUCGAAAUCUCGCAGUCACUCUUCUAAUUUUAAGGACACUGAUAAAAGUAAACAGGGUGAGAAAAGUAAAGAUAAAAAGUCGGAUAAGAAUAAGGAGAAGAGCAAAGACAAGAAACAUAAAGAGAAAAAAAUUAAAAUUAAUGACAAAGAGGGAAUUGAUUGUAAUUCUGGAGCGAGCUUUGCUGAAGCUCUGGGUAUGUGUACGGCGUCAACGUCAUCCUCACGUAAAAAAAUAAUUUCGCCAAGCAUAUCUAAAAGUAUAAAAUCAGAAGCUAGUACCUCGUCACAUAAAUCUAGUAAAAUAAAGACUGAAUCGUUAUCGCCUAAAGAAGAUCAAUCACUUUCGUUAUUAUCGCCAAGUAUAAAAUUAGAGCCAUUAAGUGUCGAUCUAGCGUCAACAUUACCAGAAAUAAGUCCUAACUACAAACCAUUACCAGUAAAUCACAUGAAUCCGCUUUACCGUAAAACGGAUGAAGCAAGAGAUGAAGAAGAAGCAGUAAAGCAAGCUAGAGCAUUUAAGGCGGGUGUUUCCGCUACAUAUUCAAAAACCAAAGUCUACUCUGGUAACAAAUUAGGAUCAAAUCUCAAGAGCCCCCCGUCUCUCUAUGAACUGUGCAUCCGCGUACUGAUAGAUAACAUUGAUGCAGUGGAAAAUACCGGCGGGGUACCUUAUUACAUUUUGGAACCCAUGCUGAGACGAGCGACUCCCGAACAACUAUACCACAUCGAGUACUACAACCCCCAUUUAAUUGAGGACACCCAGCCUCUGUGGAACGAACACUGCAAUCGCGAAUUCCGGAAAGCACAGCCUCAAGAAAUGGAGUCAUGGCGUGAAAUGUACAUUCGAUGUAUAGAGGAAAGAGAAGCUAGAUUGAACAUGAUAACCGGACAGGUAAAAAUAAGAGCUCAGGAUAAAGAAAGAGAAAAAAAAUCAACAAAACUGGCUUAUGUCGAUGAAUUUGUCAAACCGCCGAGAAACAUACUGAAAAAACAAGCGAGGUAUGGAACAUCAUCUGCGACUUCUUCUUCAGAUAUGAAGAAAAAAAUGAUUUUAACAACAGGAAAUAAUGCUCCUACUGACAUUGCCGUCCCACCGCCUCCGAUGUCUCGUGCCAAAUCAUCCACAUCAGGAGUAGUCAAAAAAAAUAAGGCUCCUUUAAUGGCAAAAGCUCUGCAGUUAAUAAAAGGAAGAUACAAGCGAUAAAUUAUAAAUUAGUUAUUUGCUAAAAUUAACUAGAAAAAAAAGUAUACAUAGAGUUGGUUAUUGUCAACCAAAAUUAAUUCAAGGAUAUAAUUUAAUAUUUUAUUUUGUUUCAUCACGCAUCAAUGUAAUUUUUAUUUUUUUUUUCAAGUU